AUGGCUGAUCCAAACAAGCACGCUACACCGACCGCCCAGAACGACGGCGACGACGACGAGUGGGACAAGCGCAUUAAGCGCACCGGCUGCUUCGAGCAGAACGAGCGCCUGCUGAUCUGCCACGCCGACACCGGCGACUGGCGCCAAUGCGCCAAGGAAAUGCUGGCCUUCAAGAAAUGCAUGCAGCGCUUCCAGCACCAGAAUUAA